GUGUCUGCUCCUCAGUCCCCAGCCUGCCCCAGCUGUGACCAGAGCAACCAGAGCCUGCCACCCGACGCAACCCCAGGCUCACUCGCUCACCCCCCCGGGCCCUCCUGCUUCCGGCCGGGGGCACCAUGGCCUGCCGCUCCUGCGUGGUUGGCUUCAGCAGCCUCAGCAGCUGUGAGGUGACCCCGGUGGGCAGCCCCCGGCCUGGAACCUCAGGAUGCGACAACUGCAGGGCCCCCGGGCCGGGCUUCAGCUCCCGCAGCCUCACAGGCUGCUGGUCGGCUGGCACCAUCUCCAAGGUGACUGUGAACCCCGGCCUGCUGGUGCCCCUGGAUGUCAAGUUGGACCCCACUGUUCAGCAGCUGAAGAACCAGGAGAAGGAGGAGAUGAAGGCCCUCAAUGAUAAAUUUGCCUCCCUAAUUGGCAAGGUGCAAGCCCUGGAACAGCGCAACCAGCUGCUGGAGACACGCUGGAGCUUCCUGCAGGGCCAGGACUCAGCCAUCUUCGACCUCGGGCAUCUCUAUGAGGAAUAUCAGGGCCGGCUGCAGGAGGAACUGCGCAAAGUGAGCCAGGAGCGGGGGCAGCUGGAGGCCAACCUGCUGCAGGUGCUGGAGAAGGUCGAGGAGUUUCGAAUCAGGUAUGAGGAUGAGAUCUCCAAGCGCACAGACAUGGAGUUCACCUUUGUUCAGCUGAAGAAGGACCUGGAUGCAGAGUGUCUUCGUCGGACUGAACUGGAAACCAAGUUAAAAAGCCUGGAGAGCUUCGUGGAGUUGAUGAAAACCAUCUAUGAGCAGGAGCUGAAGGACCUGGCAGCACAGGUGAAGGAUGUGUCGGUGACUGUCGGCAUGGACAGCCACUGCCACAUCGACCUGAGCGGCAUCGUGGAGGAGGUGAAGGCCCAGUAUGACGCCGUCGCGGCUCGCAGCCUGGAGGAGGCCGAGGCAUACUCUCGGAGCCAGCUGGAGGAGCAGGCCGCCCGCUCGGCUGAGUAUGGGAGCAGCCUCCAGAGCAGCCGCAGCGAGAUCACGGACCUCAAUGUGCGCAUCCAGAAGCUGCGGUCCCAGAUCCUCUCUGUCAAGAGCCAUUGCCUGAAACUGGAGGAGAACAUCAAGACAGCUGAGGAGCAGGGUGAGCUGACCUUCCAAGAUGCCAAGACCAAGCUGGCCCAGCUGGAGGCCGCCCUGCAGCAGGCCAAGCAGGACAUGGCGCGGCAGCUGCGCAAGUACCAGGAGCUGAUGAACGUCAAGCUGGCCCUGGACAUCGAGAUCGCCACCUACAGGAAGCUGGUGGAGGGCGAGGAGGGCAGGAUGGACUCGCCCUCAGCCACUGUGGUCAGCGCUGUGCAGUCCAGGUGCAAAACCGCCCCUUCCCUCCCCUACCCCUUAUGUUCCCUGUAGCUGCCUCCAGGUCAGGCCUCUCCAAGGCCCCCUCCCGAAAGAAGAAGGGCAGCAAAGGCCCCGUGAUCAAAAUCACAGAAAUGUCAGAGAAGUACUUCUCGCAGGAGUCAGAGGUCUCAGAGUAAGGCGGCUGGACCCCAGGAACCCCAGGGCACUCCACUGCAGCAGGAGGGACUUAAGCUAGACUCAAGAAAGCAGCUUGGAGCCUCUAGGUUGAGAAGAGAGGCAAAACCUGAUAUUGAACUGAGAGGGGGGUUCAAAACUGACUGCUGUUUUGUGGGCUGCCAGGGUGGGAGAGGAGCAUCACCAGCUGCUCAGAGCCACUCCGCUCCAUAUCAGUAUCUCACAGUCCCAUCCUUCCAACCUUCUGGCCAGAGGUUUUCCUGAUGGGUGAGCCGGAAUUAGGGGUCAGUUUUGUCUCCACCUCCUCGCUCCUCUGAGGCUCCUCCUCCAGCAUCAGGCUCUGCCAAGGCCCUUCUGACUCUUGCCCAAUCCUUGACCUUGACUUCUAUCUCAAGCCUUGCCUUGCCUCUGCCUCGGAACUGAGACUGGGACUGGCUCAUCCAACUAUGUGCGGGAGCCGAGGAGGACGGUGUGGGCCCUGUCCUGUAUCUGGAAUUCCUGGGAAGGCUGGCUGCUGAAGACCCUCUUGGCUUUCCCGUGCUCUUUGGGCUCCCCAGAGACCUGACAGUAUUAGGGAGUGAAGGGAGGAGGGGCCCUGGCUGUUUGGGACCUAAGCCUAGGCCCCAGAGAUCAGCCCAAAUACCCGCAUCCCUUCCUCCUCCCGUGGGUCCCUCCCAGUAGGCCAUAGUCAGAACUGGACGGGCUGCCCCCAGCCAGCUCCCAGCAGCUUCUCCGGAAGUUGUUCUUGCCAUAAUCAACUCCCUGGGAGUGGAAGCCAGAUGGCAGCUUGAGAUGGGGCAGGAGCAUUAGAUCUUCCUUUUACCUCCCUGCCAUGCUGGGGUCCUACCCAGCCUGGAUCUGAGCUCUUUGCCCCCAGCCCGGGUUGUUCCCAGCCUGAACACUGGGCUUUGGUGCACCAGGCCCUGGAGACCCCUGGUCCCACCCCUGCCAUGAAGCCCCAGGCCCACUUCCCAAGAAUUUCACUUCUCAGGGCCUCUGUUCUCUCCAUUGGGCCAAAUAGCCUGGCCCUCCCCUCCUUGGCAUUCAUGGGGGAGCCCAGGAACCCCCCACACCUAUGGGGUUAGAGCUCCUCCUUUCUUCUCACUCCUUCCCCUUCCUCCCUCCAUGCCCACUCCCCCUGCCUCCAGCAGGCCAGGAAGAAGGCACAGUCCAGGCAAGUCUGGGAGCUUCCAGUCCCUUGAGGUCCAGCUGUGGGGCCCAAAUGACAGCCUUACAAGGGUUCUACCAGAAAGGAAAAUUCCACAUCCCACCAGAAGACAGGGGUGUUGGCAGGCAUAUUCCUAUCUCCUCCUCUUGGCUCUCAAUGCUGAGGCUUGCAGAGGCAUCCCAGCGGCACCAGCCUCCCACUGCACAGCUUCCUUCCCUCCUUCACUCUCCUCUCCCCUCCCUGCCCCUUGCCUCACCUCCUCUUCUAGACUGCAUUAGAUUCAUUCAUCUCAUUUUCCAGGACAUGCUGGCCAGAGGUCUGGGCCCAUCCCAGGCCUCAAGGCCCUCCAGGCCUGUGGGGAGCACUGAAGGGUUACUGACUCUCUGGCCAUGGGAACUCAGACAUUCUCAUCCCCAAAGUCCCAAAAGAGGGUGCUGAUUGGUGCUUUUCCUCAGGCUCUUCAUUGGUUUCCAAGGGAGCAAAUCCUCAGUGGGGAUACAAGACAUGUAAAGUAUAUAUUAUUUUUUCAUAACUUAUGUGGCUUUUAACUUAUUGCUUCCCUUCCUGUUUCUGCAUGAUCAGUCUGUAUGAACUAUCUGGAAAGAUAACACAUACUCCAGCCACCUCACCUGAUUGGCUAUCUUGGGGCCAUGUCCCCUUCUUGCUGCCACAGGAUGAAUAAAGUGUUGAGAUUUGUCUAUGGAGAAAGCUGUGUGUCUGUUUUUAUCUCCCCUCUCAGGACCAGUCAGCCACUGGUCAAUCAGGCUGACCAUGGAACAUUAGGAAUUCUCCAAUUAAGGGAGAAAAAGUCCAGGGACUUAGUUAUAUCUUCAGACCAGUGCAGCUGGGACACACAAAGUUCUCCUGUCUCACCAUCUGAUAUGGUUUGGAUGCUCGUCCCCUCCAAAUCUCAUGUUGAAAUGUAAUUCCCAGUGUUGGAAGUGGAGCCUGGUGGGAAGUAUUUGGAUCAUGAGAGAGGAUCCUUCAUGAAUGGCUCAGCACCAUCUCCUUGGUGAUGAGUGAGUUCUCACUCAAUUCAUGUAGAUGUGGUUGUUUAAAAGAGUCUGAGACCUCUCCCCUCUUUCUCGCCAUGUGAUAUGCCUGCUCCCCCCUCACCUUCCGCCUUUACUGUAAGCUUCCUGAGGCCCUCACCAGAAGCUGAGCAAAUGUUGGUGCCAUGCCAGUACAGCCUGCAGAAUUGUGAGCCAAAAUAAAUGUCUUUUCUUUAUAAAUUA